AUGUUUGAUGCCGGCACCGUGUUACAGGGUGUACUGGUUCGUAACAACCGUGUUAACAUUAUCACAACCACAAAAAUCUUAGACACCCAAAGUACAGCUAGUACCAUAGACCCUUACACCGGAGAACCCCCCAGUACGGCGUCCACAGACCUCCCAAGUAUGACCGGUACAAGAGAACCCCCCAGUACGGCGUCCACAGAACCCCCCAGUACGACGUCCACAGAACCCCCAAAUACGGCGUCCACAGACCUCCAGAGUAUGACCGGUACAAGAGAACUCCCCAGUACGGCGUCCACAGAACCCCCCAGUACGGCGUCCACAGACCUCCAAAGUAUGACCGGUACAAGAGAACCCCCUAGUACGGCGUCCACAGAACCCCCCAGUACGGCGUCCACUGACCUCAAAAGUACGACCGGUACAAGAGAACCCCCUAGUACGGCGUCCACAGAACCCCCCAGUACGGCGUCCACAGACCUCCAAAGUACGACCAGUACAAGAGAACUCCCCAGUACGGCGUCCACAGACCUCCCAAGUAUGACCGGUACAAGAGAACCCCCUAGUACGGCGUCCACAGAACCCCCCAGUACGGCGUCCACAGACCUCCAGAGUAUGACCGGUACAAGAGAACACCCAAGUACGGCGUCCACAGAACCCCCCAGUACGGCGUCCACAGACCUCCAAAGUAUGACCGGUACAAGAGAACCCCCGAGUACGGCGUCCACAGAACCCCCAAGUACGGCGUCCACAGACCUCCAAAGUACGACCGGUACAAGAGAACCCCCUAGUACGGCGUCCACAGAACCCCCCAGUACGGCGUCCACUGACCUCCAAAGUACGACCGGUACAAGAGAACCCCCUAGUACGGCGUCCACAGAACCCCCCAGUACGGCGUCCACUGACCUCAAAAGUACGACUAGUACAAGAGAACCCCCCCAGUACGGCGUCCACAGACCUCCCAAGUAUGACCGGUACAAGAGAACCCUCCAGUAUGGCGUCCACAGACCUCCCAAGUAUGAAAGGUACAAGAGAACCCCCCAGUACGGCGUCCACAGACCUCCAGAGUAUGACCGGUACAAGAGAACUCCCCAGUACGGCGUCCACAGAACCCCCCAGUACGGCGUCCACAGACCUCCAAAGUAUGACCGGUACAAGAGAACCCCCUAG